UUCCAGCAGCCCUGGCUCACUCCUGCCCACCCUCUCAUCUGUUCCUCUCACCCUCUGUCCCUCCACUGUCCUGCAUCAUGGGGACUGCCUCAGGCCCCCACCUGCUGCUCUUGCUGCUGGCCAGCCUCUCCCUGGCCCUGGGGGAUCCCAUGUACUCCAUGAUCUGCCCCAAUAUCCUGCGGCUGGAGAAUGAGGAGACCAUAGUGCUGGAGGCCCACGAAGUGCAAGACAACGUUGCAGUCACAGUCACUGUCCACGACUUCCCGGCCAAGAAGCAAGUGCUAUCCAGUGAGAAGACUGUGCUCUCCAGCGCCACAGGACACUUGGGCAAUGUCACCAUCAAGAUCCCUGCCAGCAACGAGUUCAGAUCAGACAAAGGGCGCAAGUUCGUGACAGUGCAGGCAAACUUCGGGGCUACGCAGGUGGAGAAAGUGGUGCUGGUCAGCCUUCAGAGCGGGUACCUCUUCAUCCAGACAGACAAGACCAUCUACACCCCGGGCUCCACAGUCCUCUAUCGGAUCUUCACCGUUGACCACAAGCUGCUGCCCGUGGGCCGGACUGUUAUCGUCACCAUUGAGACCCCAGAAGGCAUCCCCAUCAAGCGAGACACUCUGUCUUCUCACAACCAGUAUGGCAUCUUGUCCCUGUCUUGGAACAUCCCAGAGCUGGUCAACAUGGGGCAGUGGAAGAUCCGAGCCUACUACGAACACUCCCCGCAGCAGGUCUUCUCUGCUGAGUUUGAGGUGAAGGAGUAUGUGCUGCCCAGUUUCGAGGUCCUGGUGGAGCCCGCUGAGAAAUUCUACUACAUUGAUGACCCCAAGGGCCUGGAAGUCACCAUCACCGCCAGGUUCUUAUAUGGGAAGAACGUGGAUGGAACAGCUUUUGUCAUCUUUGGGGUCCAGGAUGGCGACCAAAGGAUUUCUCUGGCCCAGUCCCUCACCCGCAUUGUGAUCGAAGACGGUGUUGGGGAGGCUGUACUGAAACGACAGACGCUACUGGAAGGGGUGCAGCCCUCCAGGGCUGAUGCCCUGGUGGGGAAGUCCUUGUACGUGUCUGUCACUGUCAUUUUGCACUCAGGCAGUGACAUGGUGGAAGCAGAGUACAACGGAAUCCCCAUCGUGACCUCUCCAUACCAGAUCCACUUCACCAAGACACCCAAGUACUUCAAGCCAGCCAUGCCCUUUGAUCUCAUGGUGUUUGUGACAAACCCCGACGGCUCCCCGGCCCGCCGUGUACCCGUGGUGACCCAGGGCAAUGACGUGCAGUCUCUCACCCAAGACGAUGGUGUGGCCAAACUAAGCAUCAACACGCCCAACAGUCGGCAGCCCCUCACCAUCACGGUGCGCACCAAGAAGGAGGGGAUCCCGGAGGCACGGCAAGCCACCAAGACGAUGCAGGCCCAGCCCUACAGUACAAUGCACAAUUCCAACAACUACCUACAUCUCUCCGUGCCUCGUGUCGAGCUGAAGCCAGGAGAGACCCUCAAUGUCAACUUCCACCUGCGCACAGAUGCUGGCCAGGAAGCCAAGAUCCGUUACUACACCUACCUGGUCAUGAACAAGGGGAAGCUGCUGAAGGCAGGUCGCCAAACUAGAGAGCCCGGCCAGGACCUGGUGGUCCUACCUUUGAGCAUCACUUCGGAUUUCAUUCCUUCUUUCCGCCUGGUGGCUUAUUACACGCUGAUUGGUGCCAGCGGCCAGAGGGAGGUGGUGGCCGACUCUGUGUGGGUUGAUGUGAAAGAUUCUUGUGUGGGCACGCUGGUGGUAAAAGGUGGCGGGAAAGAUGAUCGGCAGCCUCUACCUGGGCAGCAGAUGACCCUCAAGAUAGAGGGUGACCGUGGGGCCCGCGUGGGGCUGGUGGCUGUGGACAAGGGCGUGUUUGUGCUGAACAAAAAGAAUAAGCUGACUCAGAGUAAGAUUUGGGAUGUGGUGGAGAAGGCAGACGUUGGCUGCACCCCUGGCAGUGGGCAGGACUAUGCGGGUGUCUUCAAGGAUGCAGGUCUGGCCUUCAAGACCAGCAAAGGCCUGCAGACCGCCCAGAGGGCAGAAACCGAGUGCUCAAAGCCAGCCGCCCGCCGCCGCCGCUCUGUGCAGCUCAUGGAGAAGAGGAUGGACAAAGUUGGUCAGUACAAGAGCAAGGAGCUGCGGAAGUGCUGCGAGGACGGUAUGCGUGACAACCCGAUGCGGUUCACCUGCCAGCGCCGAGCUCGCUUCAUCUCCCAGGGGGAGGCGUGCGUGAAGGCCUUCAUGGACUGCUGCACCUACCUCGCCCAACUGCGCGAGCAGCACCGGCGCGAGGGCAAGCUGGGCCUGGCCAGGAGUGAGCUGGAUGAGGACAUCAUUCCAGAAGAAGACAUCAUAUCUAGGAGCCAGUUUCCAGAAAGCUGGCUGUGGACCAUAGAAGAACUGAAAGAACCAGAGAAGAAUGGAAUCUCCACGAAGAUCAUGAACAUCUUUCUGAAAGACAGCAUCACCACGUGGGAGAUCCUGGCUGUGAGCUUGUCAGACAAGAAAG